UCAUGGCUAUUGGUAUGGCAGUUUUAGCAUUGCUGGUUCUUCUUGUCCAGCAGGCUUCGGCAGGCGAGUUUAACCGCGUGCCGGGAGACAAGUGUGAGGGUUGUAUGAUCGUGCACGGCGUUGGAUUUAACUCUUUCAAAGACGAUGUUGUAAAAGACUGUACCUGCUACUACCACUGUACCAUUGACAUGGACAAUCGAGACAUGGUGGCAUACAAAAUGUGCUGCCCGUGCGGGAUGGGCUGGUCCCAAAAAUUGUGCGAGUGUGUGAAAGUCAAACAUCCUUUGUCGGACUGUGUUCAAAAUGAUGAUUACAAUCCGUGCAAUGAUAUCGGUGUGGAAGAUGGUAACUUGCUACCACGUUACGACCCCGAGAGAGCCGAUCCCCAUAACGAAUUGAUGUGCAAGGGUUACUUUGAAUGUAGAGCUGUACCGGGACAAGCGGACCUUCUUGUUCCUGUGGCCAAAUGCUGUGGUAUUGGCCAUAUUCAUAACGCUUUUUAG